AUGGAUAAUAUUCCUACAAUAGUUCAACACAAUGGCCAUUGGGAUAUCUAUGCAAAACUUUUGGAAAUUAUAUGCAAAGAACUGAAGCUUGUACCUGACACUUCAGUGAUAAUUGAGUAUCAAGUAAAGGAUGGCUAUCCUGCUUUUAAGAUAAAUGAUGAUCAGAAUGUGUGUUUCUACAUUGAGCUGAAAAGGAGAGAUUCAGAAAUCACUACAUAUCCUCUUUCGAUUACAACAAAAGUUGGAGUUAUGCAGCAAUCUUCAUCUUCAUAUAUAAAAGAGUUAUCUGGUGAUGAUAUGUGCAUAGAAGGUGCAAGUACAGAUGGAUUCUCAUGCAAUAACUCAAGAAAUAAUUCUGAAGGAAGUAGUAAAGAAAUUGUUGAUAGUUAUGUGGAUUAUGCAGAAGAUGUAUCAAGCCAGAUUAUUGAAAUGUCAACUGAGGCAAUUUCUGAAGUUGAUAUAAUAGACAUUUCAAAGGAUGAUAUAAUAAGCAACAAGCAGAAUAAAGAUUUAAGGUUGCAUCAGAUUUACAAAGACAAGGAAACUUUGCAGAUGGUCCUAAGUCUCUAUGCAAUCAACAACAAUUUUCAGUUUAGGGUUAAGAAAUCUAGCAACAUUGAGUACUAUUUGAUUUGUUAUGACAAAAAUUGUAGUUGGUUGUUGCGUGCGUCAAAAUAUGGCAAAACAGAUCACUUCAUAAUUCGAAGGUUUAUUGAGACUCAUACUUGUUCUCUUGAUGUAAGGUUUAAGAGUCAAAGACAGGCAAGCACAAUUGUUAUUGCAGAUAUCAUUCGACACAAGUUUUCAAAUAUUAAGACGAAAUACAGUGUCGCAGAUAUAGUCAGAGAUAUGAAGCAUGAUUUCAAUGUGGAAGAUAAUCGCUUUCUUUAUGUGUUUGUAGCACUAAAUUCUUCAAUUAAAGGCUGGAGUUAUUGCAUACCUGUUGUAGUUGUGGAUGGAACAUUUUUGAAAUCAGCAUAUGGAGGUACUUUGUUGGUAGCAGCAACUCAAGAUGCGGGUGGAAAAAUAUAUCCACUAGCGUUUGCUGUUGUUAAUUCUGAAAAUGAUCUGUCAUGGGAAUGGUUUUUUGAGAAGUUUAGAAAAGCUUUUGGAGCAAGGGAAGACAUGAUUGUAGUAUCGGACGGACAUGAAAGUAUUGCAAAAGCAGUUAACAAAGUAUAUUGUCAAGUGCCAAAUGUAUACUGCAUAUUUCAUCUUUUGGGGAAUAUAAAAACUAAAUUCAAGAAGAAUUUGAAGAGCAUAAAAGAUGCAUUCUUAUCUGCGGCAAAUGCAUACAGUUUGAAAAAGUUUAACUAUCACAUGAAAGAGUUACAAAGGAUUGACAAAAGGGUGAUUUCGCUUUUAGAAGAGGUUGGUUUCCAGAAAUGGUCUAAAGUGCAUUCAGGGAACAACAGAUAUUCAAAUAUGACAUCAAAUGUCGCGGAAUUAUUAAAUUCCGUAACAAUGUCGAUCAGAGAGCUACCUAUUUGUACAAUGUUAGAAAGUCUACGAGCUUUGAUGCAGAAAUGGAGUUACAAAAACAGGAUAGAAGCAGCUUCUACAUCAACAAGGCUAACUAGGAAAUAUGAAGAAAUGAUGAAGAAGAACUAUCACUUCUCUAUGCCCCUGACAGUGAAUCCAACAAAUGAAAUUUUAUUUGAAGUGACGAAUGGGGACAGAAAAAAUGUGGUUGAUAUAAGUGCAAGAACUUGCACUUGCAAAAGGUUCCAAAUGGAUCAGAUGCCAUGUUCACAUGCUAUAGCAGUAUUUUUGAAAGCAAAUAUUGAUCCAUAUGGCUACUGCUCAAUCUAUUUUCAAAAGGACAGUAUGGUUGCAACUUACAAGGAGACUGUGUAUCCUCUUGGCAACAAAGAAAAUGGGAAAUUCCAGAAUCAGUAA